CGUGGAAGGAGGUUGUCCCAGCGACUAUGUAGCCAUCGCCGUUUCUAUUUUGUCAUUCCUUUUAGAUCUCUCGAUAUGGGAAAUACUUUUGUUGCUGGUUGCCUCGGAAAUUUAUCCUGUGGUUGGUGAAAAGUCAUUUACCACCUCUGCAGAUCAGCUAACUCUUCUCUCACUUCUUUGCCGUGUGGUCUCAGAACUUUCAGCACGCUCAUCAAUUGUUUAUUUAUUUUGUUGUUGUUUUGCUAUCCUUAUGGGAAGUUUUCUGGUUUCUUUUUCGUUCAAUUUGAGACAGUAACAAUUAUGGUAUUUUCUGUUGCUCAUAGAGUUCUUCCGUCUUUCAGGCUUCUCUCAUGGUCAAUCUUUCCUUUUCUAGUUGACAAGAUUCCUCGUACUACAGGCAGUAGCUUCUGGAUACCAGUUAUUCAAGUUGUUGCUAGCUUCAACCUUCUGCUUUCAACCGUGAUGUCUGUCAAUUUUGUGAAAUUCAAAAAGAGACAUUGGUGGCAAUCUUGCUAUCUCUGGGCAGUCUGGGUUGAAGGUCCACUAGGGUUUGGUUUGCUGCUAAGCUGUCGAAUAACACAAGCGUUUCAACUAUAUUUUAUUUUUGUUAAGAGGCGCUUACCGCUUAUCAGAUCAUAUCUUCUUCUUCCUCUUAUUCUUCUUCCUUGGAUUGCUGGUGCUACUUUUAUCAAUACGAAGAAGCCUCUAAACUAUCACUGUCACAUGAGGGUUCAGUGGAUCAUCCCAGUUGUAUGUCUCCAUGCAUUAUAUGUGACCACUUUGCUGGGAGUUACAGGAGCUGUUCGUCAUAUAGAGUUCAGAUUUGAUGAACUCAGAGACCUCUGGCGGGGAAUAUUUGUAUCGGUUUUGUCCAUUGUUGUGUGGGUUACGGCUUACAUACUAAAUGAAAUUCAUGACGACAUCUCAUGGCUUCAAGUUGUGUCCCGGUUUUUGCUUCUAGUUAUGGCCAGCAUACUUGUAAUGGCUUUCUUUUCAAUAUCGACUUCACAACCACUGCUCUCACAAAUCAGCUUGAGGCGAAGAGAAUCCAGAGAGUUUUGCACAAUGGGUCAGGCACUGGGCAUACCUGAUAGUGGGGUAUUAGCUCACAAUGAACCAAUAUCUGUGAUAGAUACUAAUGAGCCAUUGGAUAAGCUUCUCUUGAACAAGAGAUUCCGGCACUCCUUUAUGGCAUUUGCCGAUAGUUGCUUGGCUGGGGAGAGUGUGCACUUCUUUGAUGAAGUGCAUGAGCUUAGUAAAAUACCUGAAGAUGAUUCAGUGAGAAGGAUUUAUAUGACACGCCAUAUUAUUGAGAAGUACAUAGCUUCAGGUGCAUCAAUGGAGGUGAAUAUUUCUCAUAGAAGCAGAGAAGAAAUUUUGAUGACUUCUGAUCUUGCACGCCCUGAUCUCUUCCAUAAUGCAUUAAAUGAAGUAAUGCAGCUGAUGAAAACGAAUCUGGCAAGAGAUUACUGGUCGUCAACGUUCUACAUGAAGUUCCGGGAAGAAGCCAACAAAAGAUCUGAUAGCUAUGAGAUGGAGCCGAUAUCAGGAUGGAAUUUCUCUCCUCGGUUGAGUUCUGUGCAUGGUGCAGACGAUCCUUUUCACCAGGACCAUCUUUUCAAGAGUUCUUCUGGCCGUAGCCAUGAUUGAUUGACACAUAACUAGGUAGCAUCCUUGUAGAUUAUUGUCCUGGCCGAUGGGAGCGUUAGUGAUACAAGUUUCAUGUUGUAACCUUAUUUGCUGUUGUACCUUACCCACAGCAUAUUGACAAGCACCAAUCAUCUAAGAUGAGAAGGAAUGAGAGGAAACCAAGAAGGAUCAGAUUAAGAAUUGAUGGUAUGUUACAUUUUCUCGACGUCGUCUGUACAGAUAGAACCAUCUAAUUGUGAUCAAGUAGUUGAACCAUUCAGCUCUAUUUUUUUUUUUGGGGGGGGGGGGUGGUGGAAGAAAAUAAAAUUAUUCACUGCUUUAACAUGAAAAUCAAAUUCCUUAUAGCAAAUGCCACAUUUGAA